AUGGAGAAAGAGUCCCUGGAGGUGGGCAUCAUUGGCAUGGGCGACAUGGGUCGCCUGUACGCCCACAAACUGCACGCUGCCGGCUGGAAGCAUGUCAAUGUGUGUGACCGUGCGGAGCAGUUUGAGCAGCUGCAUAAAGACGUUGCCAACGGUCCUGCGCCCGGCCUGCGCGUCCUCCGCAACGGCCACGAAGUCGCGCGCCGUAGCGACUUUGUGAUGUACUCGGUCGAGGCGGGGAACCUCGACAAGGUCGUCGCCGAGUACGGCCCCUCGCACAAGGUCGGCGCGAUCGUCGCGGGUCAGACGUCGGUCAAGGCGCCAGAGCGCGCCGCUUUCGAAAAGCACCUGCCGGACGACAUUUCGAUCAUUUCGUGCCACUCGCUGCACGGCCCGCACGUCGAUCCGACUGGCCAGCCGCUCGUAUUGAUCCAGCACCGUGGAUCAGACGAGCAGUUGCACCUCGUCGAGCGCAUCCUCGCGUGUCUGCAGUCGCGUUACGUCUACAUGAGCUACGACGAGCAUGAUCUCGUCACGGCCAAUACCCAAGCAGUGACCCACGCGGCGUUCCUCACGAUGGGCACCGCGUGGAGCCAGUCGCAAGAGUACCCGUGGGAGACGGGCAUGUACCCUGGCGGGAUCGAGAUGGUCAAGAUCUACCUCUGCCUGCGUAUUUACGGCGCAAAGUGGCACGUCUACGCGGGCCUUGCGCUGCUGAAUCCCGCAGCGCGCAUCCAGGUGAAGCAGUACGCGGCGAGCGCCACGGCGCUCUUCAAGCUGAUGCUCACAGGCAAUUACGAGGCGCUGGUCCAGCGGGUGUUUGCCGCACGCCGCAGCGUCUUUCACUGGGCGGACGACCAGGAAGGCGACGACGCGCUGAUCAGCGACGCGAUGCUCGACAAGUUUUACGUCAUUGCGCAGCGCGUCAACCACGGUGAGGAGCGCGCCAAGGAGGCGGUCGCAGCGGUCAGGACGCUCGAUCCCCCGCCGAACUCGCACCUGUCGCUGCUGGCGAUCGCCGACUGCUGGCACAUUCUGCACAUCGACCCUUACCGCCACCUCGAGCUCGCUGCGACGCCCGUCUUUCGCAUGUGGAUCGGCGUGACGCAGUACCUCUUCCGCUCGCCGGAGCGCGUGAUUGCCGCGUGCAAGGCGGCGAUGGACGACCGUCUCUUUCGCUCCGACGACCUCGAGUUUGUGGUCGCCGCGCGGGGCUGGGCGCAGGCCGUGCAGUUUGGCGACUUUGACGCGUACCAAAAGCGCUUCGAGAUGACGCGCGAGUUCUUUGAACCGCGCCUCGCACAGGCAAACAAGGUCGGCGCAGAGAUGCUCAGGCAGCUCUCUACGGCCAAGUAA